ACACAUCAAGACUCAGUGCCAAGGAGCCUCUCCAAAGCAUCUCAAAGACCAAGACAUCUAGAGUAUCUCCACUGCCAGAUCCAAGGAGCCAUCAGAAUCUGUCCACACACUGAAGAUGGAGCAAAGCCCCUCUCUCACCAUCCUGCUGCUGGUACUGGGCCUCUCUCAGGCCCAAAUGGACCACAGUGGACCAGCCAUGUGGAUAGACCACCUUGAGGCUGUAGACAUCACUGAGAGAAUUCUGACCGCUAAUAACGGCUCUGAUGAGAUGCUGAUGGAGGGAGACCUGGUGGUACCAAGAACCAGAAACGCCAUGCAGUGCAUGCAAGGAGGAAACAGCUGCCUGUGGAACAAAGCCUCUAGCGGAUACGUUGAAGUGCCCUACACAAUAGAAGACAGCAGAUUCACUCCCUCCAACAGGAAGGAGAUUGAGCAUGCCGUCCAGUCGUUCCACAGCAAGACCUGCAUUCACUUUGUGCCACGUGGCAACCAGAAAGACUACAUCAGCUUUGAGAGUUUGAACGGCUGCUACUCUUCUCUCGGGAGAAUUGGAGGGAAACAGACGGUCUCUGUUAACAGCGUUGGCUGCAUCUUUCUCGGCAUCAUUCAGCACGAGACCCUCCAUGCUCUGGGAUUCCAGCACGAGCAAACCAGGAGCGACCGUGACCAGUACAUCAGGAUCAACUGGAGUAACAUCGACUCUAACAUGGCCUAUAACUUCGAUAAACAAAACACCAACAACCUGAACACUCCCUAUGACUACAGCUCUGUCAUGCACUAUGGAAAAACAGCCUUCUCUAUCAACGGGAUGGACACCAUCACCCCCAUCCCCAACCCCGACGUGUCCAUCGGCCAGAGACAGGGGUUGUCCACCACUGACAUCCUGAGGAUCAACCGACUCUACGGCUGCUGAGAGGAAGACAUCAAGUCACAGGAGGAGGAGAGUAAAGGUGAAGAUGUCUACAAUACAUCUGACACAUUAUCCAGUGUCCUGUUCAUUCAAAUCAUCAGCCGUGUGUUAUUCACAAUAAUUCACGGCUUCUCAUGUCUUAUUGCCUUAUCGGAUUUAGAUCAAAUAAAUAUUUUGUAGUACAGAACAAUGUGGUUUUCUGUAUCACUUUGGAUUGAAACAUAGAAAUAAAAGCAUUUGAAA